CCUGGUGGUCAUAGAGUCUCGCUAUCGGUUCCGAUUGCUGAUUGGCCUAGAGCGACUCGAAAGAAAGAGGAGAGAGAGGUGAAGCGGCUCGGCGGCGUGAACAUAGAGCUGCGGCCUCCGGUUGCAUUGCGAAGGUGCUAGAGCGGCCCGAAGGAGCUGAAGGCGAGAGUGGGGAAGCAAGAUGGCGGUGGGGAAAUAGAGCCGCACCCUCUGACUGAAUUGCGGGUGAGGCUAGAGCGGCCCGAAUGGAGGAGGAGGAGGAGGCCCCGCUCUAGUGACAUAGAGUGUUACCUCCGGCUGCCCUUGCAGGUUGGGCGAGAGCGGCCCGAAAGAGCGGAAGCGGAAGCAAGAGAGGGCAGGGAAGUAAGAUGGCGACGGUGGAGGAAGAAGGAGGCUCUGCCGGGUUUCUCUUGAAGGGGCUUCUCCUCUUCGCUGUGGCGGGCGGGUCCGUCUGGUGUAAUUCUGUGGAGAGGAAGAUCUAUAUCCCCUUGAACCGGACAGCAACCUGCGUCCGCCUCUUAAACGCCACCCAUCAAAUAGGCUGCCAGUCUUCCUUGAAUGGUGACACCGGCAUCAUCCAUGUGGUGGAAGAUGAGGAGGUGGACUUGAAAUGGGUCUUGGAGGAAGGUCCGCACGCCCCGUAUGUGCUGCUCCUGGACGGAGAGCUCUUCACCGGGGAACUGAUGCAGAGGCUGAAAGGCAGCUCCAGGAUCUCCGGCCUGGCCGUGGCCAUCGCCAAGCCCAGCCCUUCCAGGGGCUUCUCCCCCGGGUUAAAGUGCCCCAACGACGGCUUCGGGGUGUACAACGGCAGCUACGGCCCGGAGUUUGCGCACUGCAACGUUACUGCCUGGAACCUCCUUGGCAACGGCCUCUCCUACCAGGACUUUGGCUUCCCCAUCUUCCUCCUUCAAGACCAAAAUGAAACAGAGGUCAUCAAACAGUGCUUCCAGACCUACAACCGGCCACGGGGAGGCUCGGCCCCACAGUAUCCGCUGUGCGCCAUGCAGCUCUCCUCCCACAUGCACGCCGUCACCAGCACGGUCACCUGUAUGCGCCGCAGCGCCAUCCAGAGCACCUUCAGCCUCAACCCAGAGGUUGUCUGCGACCCUCUCACCGAUUUCAACGUCUGGAGUGCGGUGAAGCCCAUCAACGAGUCGGAUAAGCCACCGCCCGACAGCAUCGUCAUGGCCGCUGCACGAAUCGACAGCCACUCCUUCUUUUGGAACGUGGCCCCGGGGGCAGAGAGCGCGGUGGGCUCCUUCGUGACCCUUCUGGCCGCGGCCGAAGCCAUUCACAAGGCCCCCCGAGCACAGGCCCUGCCCAGGAACAUCCUCUUUGCCUUCUUCCAAGGGGAGACCUUUGACUACAUCGGCAGCUCCCGGAUGGUCUACGACAUGCAGAACGGGAAGUUCCCUAUCAAACUGGACAACAUCCACUCCUUCCUGGAGAUCAGCCAGGUGGCGCUUCGGAAUGGUUCCGACCUCUGGAUGCACACGGACCCCGUCUCACAGAGGAACCAAUCCCUCCAGGGGUCCAUCCAGACGAUGUUGGGGGCGCUGAAGAACAUGAGCGUGGGCACCCCACUUUCUCUGCGCGAGAUCGGCCUGACGCAGCCCCUGCCGCCUUCUUCCUUCCAGCGCUUCCUGAGGGCCCGGCCCAUCCCUGGGGUCGUCCUAGCCGACCACCAGACCACGUUUCACAACCGGUAUUUCCAGAGCAUCUACGACACGGCCGAGAACAUCCGCCUGCAGUAUCCCGAGGGCCUGACGCCCGAGGAGGAGCUCAACCACGUGACCGACGUCGCCAAGUCUCUGGCGGAAGUGUCCACGGUGGUGGCCCGGUCCCUGUUCCUCUUGGCCGGUGGAAGCAAUGCUGACGCCUUGGCGAUGCAGGCCGACCCCGAGACGGUCACGCGGCUGCUCUAUGGCUUCCUGGUGAAGGCCAACAACUCCUGGUUCCAGGCCAUCGUGAAGCCCGAGGUCCAGGCUUAUCUGGGUGAUGAGCCUUUGCAGUACUACAUUGCCGUCUCCAGCCCGGUCAACACCACCCUCGUGGUCCAGGCCGUCCUGGCCAACUUGACCGGCACGCGGAUGAACGAGAGCGUCACCAAGGAGCAGUGCCAAAACCUGGGAAGGAGCCCUAAUGCAGAUCUGUACGAGUAUUACUGGGCGCAGGGCCCGCUGUGGCCGAGCAACGCCUCCUCUUCCGGGAAGCGCUCCCCGUGGUGCGUGCGCUCGGCGGUGCGUCUGUCGGUGGCCUCGUCCCCGGCCUUUGAGCUGCAGGACUGGGCCUCGCAGGAGUUCUCCACCUGGACCGAGAGCCGAUGGAAGGAGCUCCACGCACGCAUCUUCCUGGUGGCCAGCAGGCAGCUCGAGAUGGUGACGCUCUCGAUGGGGCUCCUGAUCCUGCUUCUCUCCUUCGGGGCCACUUACUUCAUCAACGCCAAGGCCGACCUCUUAUUCGGGGACGCGGGGGGCGUGGCCUAUUGAGGAACCCCACAACAACAACAACAACAACAACACUGGAAAUCCCUCCCUUUUUCUUCCCUCCUUCUGCCUUUCUCGUUCCCUCUCUCCUUUUGCAACAACAGCCAAUGAGACGUGUGCUGUAUAUCAAGGCGGGUGUAAAAUAUCCUUUUUUUUCCAACAAAAAAUAAAUAAUAAUGAGGUUCUUUUUGUACAUAUUAUAUAUGUGUAUAUAUAACAGCCCUGUUUGAUUAAUAAUUAAAAAAGGACUUACAAAUUAA